AUGUCAACCCUGGGUAAAGCCCUUGAAACACGCCACCGCUUAUCUGAAUACAACCUCUACCACGAAGGCGAAAAAAACAUUUGCAUUACACCAUUUCUCCAACUAGAAAAGGAGCCAGGCUACAACAAAAGGCGACACCGUUACCAGGCCGAAGAAUACGCACAUAUCCAUUAUGGGUCCGACGAGCUGAACAGCUACUUUGUCCACACGCCAGUUAUUGCCUUUCGGGAUCCACCGCGCACUCUCCGUCGGGGGAGCAAGAAACAGGCAAAGCCCAUUUGCAUUCUCAAUUGCUCGAGCUUCUGGACUAAAUGGACGCUUCAAUUUGGUGAUAACCUUGAGGAUGUACUUGAUCCUAGAGGUGUUGUGAAAUGGGAGCAUCGCAGUAAUGCAAAUAAUGGCACGGCUGGCGAUGAUCGAGCUUUGAAGGGAUACAGACUGCGCUCGUGGAGAUUGUGGGGUGAGUCGGGAAGAGAAUAUUAUCAUUCUGUGAAUUCAAGACGGAAGGCGAUUGAAAGCGCCGCCAGAGAAAAGCAGGCAAAUGGCGCACCUGAGAAGGAUACCGCCCAUGGCACAUCAUCAGCAACGUCCACUGAACCUGAACUCCAACCCGUUAUAGCCGAAGAAGCCGUGCGACUUACCUGGGAGGCACCAAUAUCAACAAACACACGACGCUACUGUUUCGAAUACGCUGGAAUCAGCUUCUUCUGGGAAGGAACGAAAGAUCUCAACGCGAAUGAGAAGUGGUCUAAAAGACUCAUGCCAUUCAAUCAUCUGAAACUCGUGGCCAAAUUGCCGGCACAAGAUGAAGAUGUCAUGUUUCUAGGUCAAUAUACAUCAAGCUUUGGAUCGAAGAAAUCCGGCCAGCUUCGACUGUUUGACUCUGUGAUUUCGAGCCUUCUAGAUAAAUCCCGAAACAGAUUUCUUAGAAUGCGUCAGGUUACUCCUGGGGGAAAUCGCCGAUAUGAUCCGGGACUUGAUAUACGAGAGACUAGGCUAUAUGAGAUAAUUAUGGGAACGGCUAUAUGUAUGGUCAUUGGCGAAUGGGAGAAACGCAUGGUGGUCUUUUGCGUUUUAAUGCUCAUUGCCGCGAGCGGUGAUAUGGCCAAUGGAUUCGGCGGUGGUGGUGGUGCCUGA